GGAACCACCUUAUUGAAUUAAAUUAUAUCCAGUGUGUUUGUUAUUUGAACUAACUCUCUUUUCGUCUCUCUCAUUCACAGGAAGAGAACACUGUUUGUUUUAUCUGAUUAAAAUUCUGCUCUGCACUUUUUAUUAUCCAUUGAAUAGCAACACAAGGGUGCUGGUGUUGCUUUUCUCCUUUUGCCUUUUUGGUUUCACAAGCCUUAGCAUCAUAUAAAACAGGAAUAUUUGCUCCUUAAUAUUUGCUCCUUAAUGGCUUCCUCCAUGAACUUGAAGAGUGCUGUAGUGUGUGUUCCUGAGAACAUGGUUUGCUCAAAAGCCAAGCCUUGUCCAUCUUCAAUGAGACUAGCUGGUAAAGCAAGAUCAAGGGCGUUGAGUGCUGAAUUCAUGGGGCAACCCAUCAUCAUCAACACAACAAAACUCCAAGAUGAAAAGGGUUUAUGCAGUUCCAAAACCUCAAUUCAUGCAGAAGCAAGUAUAUGCAUUAGCAGAUCGAUGCAGUGGUGGAAGAAGAACCUGAAGCCCAACAUGAUUGAGAUCCAUUCAGCACAAGAGCUUCUCAAUUCUCUGCUCAGCGCUGGUGAUGCUUUGGUUGUUGUUGACUUCUAUUCACCUGCUUGUGGUGGCUGCAGAGCCCUUCAUCCCAAGAUCUGUCAAAUUGCUGAAAUGCACCCGAAUGCAAUAUUCCUGAAAGUAAAUUACGACAAGCUGAAAACCAUGUGCCAGGCUCUGCAAAUUCAUGUCUUGCCAUUCUUUAGGUUCUACAGAGGUGCAGAGGGUCAGCUUUGUGGAUUCAGCUGCACCAAUGCAACUAUCAACAAGUUUAAGCGUGCGUUGUCAAAGCAUGGGAAUGAAAGAUGUAGUCUAAGGCCACCUAAGGGUUUAGAUGAAUUAGAGUUGACCAAUUUGGUCUCAAGUUCUCAGAUUUGGUUCUAGUUUUGCAUCAAUAAUAGGUUGAAUAAAUAUCAAUUAGAAAAUGAAGAUGGAGCAGGCAAGGAAUCUCCAUUCCUUAAUUCCUUUCUUUUUUUUAGGGGAGGGAUGGGUUUGGAUGGGAGGCUUGUAAUUUUUUAGUUAAAAUUGAGCUCCCUCUUUUAGGCGAUAGCAAUUCUUUUUUAUUCCUCAAGUUCAGUUUAGAGGACAAAAAGGCAACAGAGAUCGGUGUGGAUUUCACUUGUGUCAAUUAAUAACAAUGAUAUUGAAGAUAAUCUUGAGCUCUUAUUCCGUGUAGCUACAUUUUUAGUUUAAUUAGUUUCUGUCAAUUAUGUGAUCCAUAUGUACAUAAGCAUAAUAUAUAAAUUUUGGCAUUAUUUUU